GUAGAGAGCUGGACUGUGGGGCUCCUGUACAGGUGCUGGGAGCAGCUGCUUUUGACAAAGGAGACACUCAGAUGUGGGCACAAGAGAUUCAGUGUAGAGGAAAUGAGUCUCAGAUUCACCUCUGUCCAACAUCAUCACAGAAACACAGCUGCUCUCAUGAUGAUCACCAGGCGCUUCUGUGUGCUGAUGUAACAAAUGUGAGGUUGGUUGGUGGUAACAGUCCUUGUGCUGGUAGAGUGGAGGUUCUUCAUAGAGGUCAGUGGGGAACAGUGUGUGAUAUUUUCUGGGAUUUGGCUGAUGCUGCAGUGGUGUGUAGAGAGCUGGACUGUGGAGAACCGGUAGAUGCUCUGGGUGCUGCUUAUUUUGGGCAAGGAACAGGACCAGUCUGGAUCAGUGUUUUAAAAUGUACAGGAAAAGAGUCCACAUUAAAGAACUGUGGAUCAGCAGGGUGGAAUAAAACUGCCUGCACUCAUAACCAUGAUGCUGGAGUCAUCUGCUCAGGUGAAUAA